UCACACCAAACAUUGGGGUUGGCGGAGCCUCCGAGGGAUUCUCUCUCUCCAUAUAAAAAUACUAAAGUAAAAACGACACCGUGAGAUUCAGAUUCAGAGAGACACAAGAGAGAAGCGUGCUCUUGUGUUCGCGUUUUCUGUUUCAUUUUCUGUUUUUUGGUUUCAGUUUCAGAUCUCGAAAAAAUGCAGAGCGCGGCUUUCACUCUCUCUUCUCCCCUCCCUCUCCACAGACACAACCACAAGCCUUUGAGACCUUCGCUUCCUCGCAUUCAUUUCUCUUCCAAACUCAACGAAAGCGUCACAUCCAAUGGCGCUUCUUCUUCCUUCACUCGCCGAUCCUGGUCCCUUGCUCCUUCCUCUUCCUUCAAGUUCAGGCCCCUUCCACUCUCUUCACCCUCCGAUCCGUUUCGGACCAAAGCCACUUCCGUUCCUGAGAGCGCCGGUUCCGCCGAUUCCGGCACGCUAUUCAAGACUCUCCAGCUUGGAUCCUUGUUUGGCCUCUGGUACCUCUUCAACAUCUACUUCAAUAUCUACAACAAACAGGUAUUGAAGGCGUUUCAUUUCCCGGUAACCGUGACUGCUGUUCAAUUCGCUGUUGGGACUGUCCUUGUGACAUUGAUGUGGGGUUUGAAUCUCCAUCGGAGGCCGAAAUUAAGUGGUGCACAGCUUGCAGCUAUAGUUCCACUGGCUGUGGUACAUACUUUGGGGAACCUUUUCACUAAUAUGAGUCUUGGAAAGGUUGCUGUGUCAUUCACUCACACGAUCAAAGCCAUGGAGCCUUUCUUCUCUGUGAUCCUUUCUGCAAUGUUCCUUGGAGAGUUUCCUACACCAUGGGUGGUUGGUUCCCUUCUGCCUAUCGUUGGUGGAGUUGCACUGGCAUCUGCUACCGAGGCUUCUUUCAAUUGGGCUGGAUUUUGGAGUGCAAUGGCUUCGAACGUGACAAAUCAAUCACGUAAUGUUCUUAGCAAGAAGGUCAUGAUUAAGAAAGAGGAAUCUAUGGACAACAUAACCCUGUUUUCUAUAAUAACAAUAAUGUCCUUCUUCUUGUUAGCACCUGUGGCUGUCUUCGUGGAGGGUGUUAAAUUUAGCCCUGCUUACUUGCAAUCUGCUGUGAGUAUCUUGAUGGGGUUAAAUGUGAGACAAGUGUACAUUAGAUCUUUUCUUGCUGCACUCUCUUUCCAUGCAUAUCAGCAAGUUUCAUAUAUGAUAUUGCAGAGGGUAUCACCUGUUACCCACUCUGUGGGCAACUGUGUGAAGCGGGUGGUGGUCAUUGUGAGCUCUGUCAUCUUCUUCCAAACACCUGUCUCUCCCGUGAAUGCUUUUGGUACUGCUAUAGCUCUUGCUGGUGUUUUCCUCUAUUCAAGGGUGAAGCGAAUCAAGCCAAAGACAGCUUAAUUUUCAAUGGUGAAAUUUUGAUAGUUGCAUCACAAAGGCCAAAUAGCUGCAAUUGUGAAUUCCUUUGUAGGUGAGAUAGGGAAUAUUGAGGUUUACCUUGACAGCUCGCUUUCCUUUUUUUUUUUCGUUUCCUUGUGGAUUUCAUUAUUUAUGUCUAAGUGGGUACCUAUUGGUUCUGGUCCAUGAAAAAUUUAUCCUCUUUGAAUUUUGCUCAAAUACCACUUCAAGGUGUGUUUUUAAUGUACACUAUCGUUUGCUUACAAGCAUAAAGCAUAUAUGUAAU